AUGACGCCACCAAAAGAUAUCCAAAAGCUCAUCUCCCUCACGCAAACCACGCAAACUCUCCUGUCGCACUUCCAGACCUCCCUUACGCCCCCAAAAGAUUCGAAUACUUCUACCGACGCGCCCGACCUCCCUUACGGUCCCCUAACCGCCAUCCACGCCGCAACCACUAUCCUUAAAUCCCACACCACCACACUUUCGCUACUUUUGCUCACGCCUCCCCUCACACCGAGCGCCCUGGUCGCAAAGAUCGGUGAUGUUACAUCCGGCGCGCUCUCCGGCAUGGUGGCCGCAGCAUCCUACAGCCCUACGUCCAAUAUGCGCGACGAUCUGGGGCAGAUAAUGCGGGGCGAGCUGCGCGCGCAGGUCAAGCGGCUCGUGGGUGCGUGGGGCGGGGUUCUCGCGCUGGUGCUUGCGAUGGCUGAAGCAAGGCGAGAGUUGACCGGGAAGGAUAAGGGCCCUAGUGAGGCGGAAAGGAAAGAUGUUCUGGAGAGAACGGGCGUGGUGUGGGAUGUGUGUGAUGAGUUGUUGCGGCUAUGCAAUGGCGGCGUGGUCGAGUUGGUGCUGAAGAAGGCGCAGCAGUUACGUGCUGUGCUGCUUGACGCCGUCGAGGAGCUCAAGGAGUGGGGCGAAGAUGUUGCAGAUGAGGGAGAGGAGGACAAGGCGGAGGGGAGCGGCGACGAAGACGGCUUUGGAGACGAGGAUGAUUUCUUUGGCGCACAGAACAAAAUUGGCAAAGACGACAAGGAGCUAAAGGUUUUGCUGGACCACAGCGUGAAGAAGUUGAAGAUGGUGGGCAUCAUGUAUCAGGCCAUCGGCAAGAGGAGAUUGAAGAUCUUCCCUGCUGUCGCGCCGGACUCAAAUCCAGCGACAGCGAGCCCAGCAACGGGAGCAGCAAACGGCGAUGCCCUAACCGAGUCGCCAGCACAAAAGCUAGAUCGCCUCAUGCAAAUCUUGAAGACCAUUCCAGACAUGGUCGACGACCUGGCAUCCACAUUCUACGAACUAGAGCACGAGGAAGCCGAAGCAGAGCUCAAGAAGGUCUGCGACGAGGCGAAGAGCGCGGUGGAGCUGGUCAAGAAGAGUUGGACGGGCACAGACGACGAGUUCACUGCGUGGUCGGGGAAGUGGAUCAAAGCUUUGGACGCAGCAUGA